AAUUUCAGCGUUUUGGAGGAAGAGAGAGAGAGAGAGACAGAAUAUUCAAAACUGGGUUAUGGUAUAUAUUCGAUUCAGAUCAGUUACGACAUUCAAAUUUGUCGCAGCCCCAAAAGAACCCAGAAAAAGCACACAUUAUUUGAUCUGUUUUGGCAAGAAGUUUCAAUGAAAUAUGGGGAGUUGAGCUUAAACAACAGGUAAGAAGGAAAAAGCAAGAACAGGGUUUUGAAUUUCAUCAACAGGUAGAAAAGUUUUUAAAAACAGCAGUACCUUUUGGCAUUAAAGUUAGUGUUGAUUGGCAUUAUAGAAAUGGAUUUCUGGCCAGAGUUCCUCGCAAGCAGUUGGGGUAAAGAAUUUGUGGCCGGUGGAUUUGGAGGCAUCGCCGGCAUAAUCUCCGGCUACCCACUUGAUACUCUUCGAAUCAGGCAACAGCAAUCGGCUUCUGGCUCCGCCGUGAGAAUCUUCCGCAAUAUCAUCGCCCACGAUGGCCUUGCUGGCCUCUACAGAGGCAUGGCCGCUCCCUUGGCCUCUGUCACUUUCCAGAACGCCGCCGCGUUUCAGAUCUACGCCGUCCUCUCUCGGGCAUUCAAUUCCUAUCAAUCUAACGGCGGCCCUCCGACCUACAAGGCUACAAGACUUCAGGCUCAGACACAAUCAUACAGUGGAAUUGUAGAUUGUCUUGACAAGAGUGUAAAAGAAGAGGGAUACAGAGUUCUGUGGCGAGGGCUUGGGACUGCGGUGGCCAGAGCAUUUUUGGUUAAUGGCCCCAUUUUUGUUGCUUAUGAGAUGACUUUGAGGUGUUUGUUAAGCAAUGGAACUGAUCAGUCACGGCAAUGAAUGAAGCUCUGAUUGUGUAGUACUAAAUUAUGAAUCAUUCCCACUUUCUAAUUUCUCGUUCAGACACAUGCUCCAGAUUUAUACAAAGCAUUUGAUCCUA